AUGGCCAAAGCUUUGAAUUUAUCACAAUCACCUUCAAAAUCAACUCUUUCCCUCUCUUCCUAUUCUCAAUAUUCUAACCUCAAAUCCACAACUACCCUAUCCUUCCCUUUCUCCCACCACCACCACCGCCACCACUCUCUAACCAUCAAAUCCUCCGCGGCCACCAUCACCACCACUCCAACUUCCACCACCUUUGCCAACCAAUCCCGAGUAGACAUACUAUCAGAAUCCCUACCUUACAUCCAGAAAUUCAGGGGCAAAACCGUUGUGGUCAAAUAUGGCGGCGCAGCCAUGAAACAACCAGAACUCAAAGCCUCUGUUGUAAGCGACCUUGUUCUCCUCUCCUGUGUUGGUCUCCGCCCUGUUUUAGUCCACGGUGGUGGCCCAGAAAUCAACCACUGGCUAAAACUCCUCAACAUUGAGCCUCUCUUCCAUGAGGGUCUCCGUGUUACUGAUGCCAAGACUAUGGAGAUUGUGUCCAUGGUAUUGGUGGGUAAGGUUAAUAAAGACCUUGUUUCUUUGAUCAAUAAGGCUGGUGCUACCGCGGUUGGCCUUUCUGGCAUGGAUGGCCGCCUUCUUAUGGCCAAACCAACUCCCAAUUCUGCUCAACUGGGGUUUGUUGGAGAGGUUGAGCGCGUAGACCCUAGUGUUUUGCAGCCUCUUGUUAAUAACGGGCAUAUACCAGUGAUUGCAUCCGUGGCAGCGGAUGAUUUGGGUCAGUCUUAUAACAUCAAUGCCGACACUGUGGCAGGGGAGGUGGCGGCGGCAUUGGGGGCGGAGAAGCUGAUAAUGUUGACGGAUGUGGCGGGGAUACUUGAAAACAAAGAUGAUCCAGGGAGUUUGGUAAAGGAGAUUGAUAUAAAAGGCGUGAAGAAGUUGAUUGAUGAGAAGAAAGUGGCUGGUGGGAUGAUACCCAAAGUGAAUUGCUGUGUGGCAUCACUUAGUCAAGGUGUUAGAACUGCAAGUAUUAUUGAUGGAAGAGUGCCACAUUCUUUGCUUCAUGAGAUUAUGUCUGAAGAAGGCAUUGGUACCAUGAUUGCUGGCUAA